AUGUAAUGAAAUAUUCAUUAUUCAAUAUUGUAUUAUAUUUCUAAUUUCCAAUAUUACUCAAAUCCUGUCCCCUGAUUUCGUAGGUUUAUACAUUUGUUUGAAGUUUUAUCUGAUUUUCUCGUCUCAUUUUGUCGAUAAAAAGUCGCUCAGCGAAUCAAAGGAAGACUUGAAAAUGUCGGCUAGCGAGAGUACGACCGGUGGUGUGUUUCUGGUCUCAGUCGUCGGUCAGAUCGAGAAAGCUCACUUUCCGAGCUAUGACAACAUGUAUUGCAAGUACACUUUCGUCUAUGGACCCGAUUGGGAAAUCGUCACCGGCAUCGAAGAAGGCAUAUCGCAAAUCGCUCAAAAGAGCCAAGACGAAAGGCAACAGGUUGUAUGGAAUUUCCCGUUAGACAUUUCUUUCAAGAGUACCAAUCCUCACGGGUGGCCACAACUAAUCAUUAGUGUUUAUGGAUUGGACACUUUUGGGAACGAUGUUGUAAGAGGCUAUGGAGUAUGUCACCUCCCAGUGGUUAAUGGACAAUCUUCUGAAGAGAUGAUUAUGUUUGUACCAGAAUCAAGUUCGACAUUACAAAAGCUGACAUCAUGGUUGACUGGUAAAAGACCAGAAUACGUAGACGCACGGUUAUUAGCCAGAGGCGAUGGCAGAGAAGUGACGAGAGUCAGAAGUCAAGGAUGUGUUUGGAUAAAAUUUAAUGUUGUGUUCAAAGACUUUCAUCAGUAUGGCUUUGAAAACGAUAAUAACAGUUAAAUAUCAGUUUCUAUCGAUGAUGGUCUGUGAAAUAAAGUCCUUAAAACAAUAUUUAGUAAAAAAAAAGUCCCAGUCAUAGGAAAAAAGUGUUACAUAUAUUUUCAACUUGCUCACGGUAUAAACAAUGUGACUGAAUGGUGGAAAAAUCAGUUAGAAAAGCUGUUAAAAUAAUCAUUUAUUGAAACUUAGAUAGAAAAUAUAAAUGGACACUUAUGUGGAAAAGGCAAAAUUGUUUUUAGAUGAUGUAAGAAAUUCAAGUAACUAAAGAAUCUUAGACAAACUUAUACUAUAACAGUGGUUCUUAACGGGGGCGGUACCGCCCCCUUGGGGGCAUUUCAGUCUCUCCGGGGGGUGAUAGUUUUGAAAGGGGCGUUGAGGGGGCGGUGAGUGUGUUUUUCUGACAAAAUUAACAGAUUUAAUUUUAACUAGUUUUCACUUUAAUUAAUAAUUUUAUAAUAUACUGAUGAAUAAAUAAAUAUAUAGGUAUGUUUAUAUAUUAUAUAUAUAUAUUUAUAAGAAGAAAAUUUGAUUUUGCAUGAAGGGGGCGUUAUCAAUUAGUUAUUACGAUAAAGGGGGCACUGAACUAAAAAAGGUUAAGAACCACUGUACUAUAAAAAAAAAAAAAAAA